CUUACUUAUGCUGUGAUAAUCAUGCUCAUAAUAACUUUGAUAACCAUGUUCCCGGGCUCCCCGCCAUCUCCUGCUACCCAGAGCCCUCCUCCCCCUGCCUCUCCUGAGCCUCAGACCCAGAGACCCGCUCCCCUUCCUCAGUCCCCAGAGACGCAGCGCUCUGCUCAGGCUAACCUUAUGGAGGAUGAGGAGGUGUUUGAGGAGAUCCGCAGACUGCGUCUGGAAAGGGGACGUCUGCUCCAGAAGAUCAAAGGUCUGGAGCAGCAGCAGAACAGCGCCCACACUGCCCUGGAGGAGCUGACUCAGCUGAGAGAGCGUCUGCAGCAGGCGGAGGCAGAGCGGGACAGGCUACAGACUGAGCUGGAGGAGCUGAAGGCAGGUCAGGUGAUCGGUGCCAGUGACUCAGAUGACGACAUGCUGGACUUCCAAGGUGCUGAGAAGCUGCUCUCCAGGCGGUCGAGAGAGUCUCCCUCUGCUCUGGACGAGGGGGAGGCAGACUCCCUCAACCCCACCUCUCCUGGUGCUGCAGACCCAGACACUGUGGCUGAGCUAUGCAGACAGCUGAAGGAGCUGGCCUUACAGAAUCAGGAGCUGGUCCUGAAAGUGCAGAUGCUGGAGAUGUUUGAGAAAGAUGACACUGACAUGCAGACAUCUGGCCCAGACUUUGUCCCCACGGCUCUGUAUGACUCCCUGAGAAGGGAGUUUGAAGCUCUGCAGGUGCACUACUCCCAGGCCCGGGCUUCAGCUGAGGCCUCCAGCAUGGCAGGGGAACAGGGGUAAGGAUUACCACCCACACCAUCUUACACCAGCCACCUUAUACCUUCUGGAUAAGAGCAUCUACUAAAUGACUAAAAUGUCACAUUCACACCACCCACUAGGGUUCGAGUUCCAUU